UCAAAGCUCCUUAUUGCCCAUUUUCACCUCUCUUCUUGUUCCCUUGAUCUUCGGUUAGGUAAUUUCUUACACCCACCUUUUUCUUGACCUAAAUUCUCUCGAUCAAUCAAUUACUCAUCCGAUCAGUAAUUUACAGUGUGAAUUUGUUAAGAAAAUUGUGAAGCUUGAAGAUCUUGUUAAUGGCAACUCCAGGUGGACCUAGACCAGGCAAUCCACCCCCUAAUUAUAAUAAUCCUAAUCCUAAUUAUAACCCUAAUUCGAUUUCGGAUAAUAUGCAAAAUUUGAAUAUAAAUCGGCCUAAUCAGCCGCCAAGUAUCGGUAGAGGUCCUGUUCCUCCGUUUGGUCAACAAACAUUUCCAACCUCAGCUCCAUUUUCAUCUCCAUUUUCCGGGCCUAGUCGUCCUGGACCUCCACCUCCAGGUGUGGUUCCUAGAGGUGCAGUGCCACCUCCUACUGGACCUCCACAAGGUGCAUUGCCCCCUUUCAUGGCUCCUAACCGAGGUCCUGGUGGUGUCAGUGGUCCACCUGGCGGGAACCCUCCUCCUCCAUUUGCUGCAAGGCCUGUGACUUCUGGUCCUCGUCCUGGUCCUUUUGGAGGUCCGGCAAUGCCACCAGCCAAUGUAGGUGGUGGUGGUGGUCCGAUGAAUAAUGGCCCUCCGUCGUUUGGACCAGGUGGUAUGCAAGGCGGUCCUCAGUAUGCUCCAGCUGGUGUUAGACCAAGACCAGCUACUGGACCUCCACCUUCUCCACCAUCAAUGUCGUCACCAGGUGGUUCUUAUUCAGGCCAAUCAACACCUUUUUCUGGAGGUUCGCCUGAUAAUCAACCAAUAGGGCCACCUCCACUUGCUCCUCCCUUUUCAGCACCCCCGAGAGGACCACCAACAUUUUCAGCUCCGGGUCAAGGCAUGGCUCAACAACAAGCUUCUCCCUUUGGGGCUCAACCAUGGCAAAUGCAACCUCGACAAAAUGUACCGCCUGCACCAAUCCCUGGUUCUGGUCAACCAUCAAGAAUGUAUGGCAUGCAACCUGCACUUUCUAAUCAACAAUCAAUGGCUACAAUAUCACCGGCCAUGGGUGCUGGUGGAUCAGCAGUCACAGGACCAUCAAAGAUCGAUCCUAACCAAAUUCCGCGCCCUAUUCCCAGUCCCUCUGUGCUUCUACAUGAAACUCGCCAGGGGUCCCAGGCCAAUCCUCCACCGCCUGCUACCAGUGAAUUCAUCGUUAGGGAUACUGGAAACUGCAGCCCACGGUACAUGAGAUGUACUAUCAAUCAGAUUGCUUGCACUUCCGAUCUUUUGACCACUUCUGGUAUGCAGCUGGCCUUGUUGGUUCAGCCGUUGGCCCUCCCUCAUCCAUCCGAGGACCCCAUUCAAAUAGUGGAUUUUGGUGAAAGUGGCCCUGUUCGCUGUUCUCGGUGCAAAGGGUACAUCAAUCCAUUCAUGAAGUUUGUUGACCAAGGAAAACGUUUCAUCUGUAACUUUUGUGGUUUCACUGAUGAAACUCCCCGUGAUUAUCAGUGCAAUUUAGGUCCAGAUGGCAGACGACGAGAUGCUGAUGAGAGGCCUGAGCUAUGUAGAGGCACUGUUGAAUUUAUUGCUACAAGAGAAUUCAUGGUGCGUGAUCCGAUGCCGGCUGUGUUUUUCUUCCUCAUUGAUGUAUCAAUGAAUGCCAUACAAACUGGUGCUACCGCUGGAGCUUGCAGUGCCAUCAGUCGUGUUAUUACGGAUCUUCCAGAGGGCCCUCGUACGAUGGUGGGAAUAGCAACAUUUGACUCAACCAUCCAUUUUUACAAUCUGAAACGUGCAUUGCAGCAGCCAUUGAUGCUCAUAGUUCCUGAUGUACAUGAUGUUUACACUCCUCUGCAAACCGAUGUUAUUGUUCAGCUUUCCGAGUGUCGUCAGCAUCUAGAUCUACUGCUGGAAAGCAUCCCAACUAUGUUUCAGAAUAAUAAAACAGCUGAUUCAGCAUUUGGUGCUGGGAUUAAGGCUGCUUUUUUGGCAAUGAAGAGCACCGGAGGAAAACUUUUGGUAUUUCAGUCAGUCUUACCUUCUGUUGGUAUUGCGGCUCUUUCUGCUCGAGAAGCCGAAGGAAGAACUAAUAUAUCUGCAGGAGAAAAGGAACCUCAUAAAUUACUCCAACCAGCAGACAAGAAUAUGAAGCAAAUGGCUAUUGAUCUUGCAGAGUACCAGGUCUCAGUUGAUGUAUUUAUUACUACUCAAAGUUAUGUAGAUAUUGCUUCCAUCUCUAUCAUCCCAAGGACGACUGGAGGGCAGGUGUAUUAUUAUCACCCCUUUUCCGCUCUUUCCGAUCCUGCAAAACUCUACAAUGAUCUUCGAUGGAAUGUUACAAGGCCACAAGGAUUCGAAGCUGUGAUGCGUGUUAGAUGCAGCCAGGGUCUUCAAGUUCAAGAAUACUCUGGAAAUUUCUGUAAGCGCAUUCCAACAGAUGUGGACCUGCCUGCGAUUGAUUGUGACAAAUCCAUCAUGGUGACUCUUAAACACGAUGAUAAGUUGCAAGAUGGCUCGGAAUGUUCUUUUCAGUGUGCACUUCUUUAUACUACUAUGUAUGGGCAAAGAAGAAUUCGUGUCUCUACCUUGUCCUUGCCCUGCACAACCAUGCUAAGCAAUCUCUUCCGCUCAGCUGACUUGGAUACACAAUUUUCAUGUUUUCUAAAGCAAUCGGCUAAUGAAAUCCUUACAAACCCGUUAUUACAAGUAAGGGAGCAGGUGACAAACCUUUGCAUCAAUAUUCUUCAUGCUUAUCGCAAAUUUUGUGCAACCGUGUCAUCAUCAGGACAACUUAUUCUUCCAGAGGCACUUAAACUGUUGCCUUUGUACACUCUUGCUUUGAUAAAAAGUAUUGGAAUGCGGACCGAUGCACGGAUAGAUGAUCGGUCAUUUUGGAUCAAUUAUGUUUUCCCUCUCUCUGCACAAUUGGCAAUUCCGCUUGUUUACCCCAGGAUGAUAAGCAUUCAUGACCUUAAUUUAAAGGAAUCAGAGGGAUCUGUUAUUCCUGCUGUUAUUCCUCUUUCAAGUGAACAAGUAAACGAAAAUGGAAUCUAUCUCCUCGAAAAUGGUGAGGAUUGCUUAAUUUAUAUCGGAAGCGCUGCUGAUCCUGAUACAACACGCCAACUCUUUGGCUUUUCAUCUGCGGAAGAGGUUCCUACUCAGUUUGUAUUGCAGCAAUUCGACAAUCCUAUGUCGAAGAAACUCAACGAGGUCAUAAACGAGAUCAGAAGCCAAAGAUGCAACUACCUUCGCUUAAAACUAUGCAAGAAAGGAGAUCCAUCAGGAAUGCUGUUCUUUUCAUACAUGGUGGAAGACAAGUCUCCAAGUGGUCUCUCCUAUGUUGAGUUCCUAGUACAUGUCCAUCGGCAGAUUCAAAGCAAAAUGACUUGAUGUUGUUGAGGACUCGAGUUUCAUUUACUAGCUUUGGUAGUGUAAAGUGUGCAGAAAUUUGGAUCUCGAGAUUAAAAGUAAAGCUCGAAAAGUGUUGAAAAUGCGGCUUUGGCGUGGUUAUCCCACCCAGUAUUUUUGGUGAAAACUAGUUGAGCAAAGUUCCGAAUUUAUAGUUUUUGGUUAUAUAUUGUAGCUUAAAUUUGAGCAUUGUGAACUUGUAGCAUUUAAUAGAUAGUUUGGUUUGACCAGUGACCAAUACUAUUUAUCUUUUUUGUUUUAUAUAUAUUUAUAGUGAUAUUCCCUCCUUCCGACUUCUGUGAUGUAUAAGUUGCAAUAUUAUAAUUGUCUUUGAACAUGAAA